UUCAGACAGACAAACAGUGAGACACGAGACCAAAGCUGCUGAUCUGAACCCGGACCUUCAGACCUCCAAAAACCACCAUCAGGACAUCAGGAUGUUGUGUCCCAGCGUCUUCCAGCCGUCCCCCGUCACCAUGAGGCCUUUCCUGGAUCUGCACUGGCCGGUCCGCAGCCUGUGGCCCGAGACCCGGCCACUCAUCUACCACAUCGAGCAGGAGAUGAUCCGCCACAUGCAGGAGAUGAGGCAGAGCAUGGAGUACAUGGAGAGGCUGCACCAGAAGAUCUUUGAUGAGAUCGACCAGACCUCCUCCUCCACGGGGGUCUUCAAGCCCAUCACCUUCCAGGACCUGGGGAGGGACGGCAGCAGCUUUGCCCUCAGCCUGGACACUAAGGAGUUCUCCCCGGAGGAGCUGUCAGUCAAACAGGUGGGCAGGAAGCUGAGGGUUAGCGGCAGGACGGAGAAGAAGCAGGAGGACGGGAAGGGGUCCUACUCCUACAGGUGUCAGGAGUUCAGACAGGAGUUCGACCUGCCUGAUGGCGUCGAUCCUGAGGCCGUCACUUGCUCCCUGGUGGGUGGCCAGCUGCAGAUCCAGGCGCCCCGGGAGAAAGCUUUGAAUGAUGGGAAAGAGAGGGUGGUCCCCAUCAGCCUCACCUCUGCCCCAGCCAUCUCCUCCUCCUCCUCCUCCGGUGGGGGGCCAGAGGGGAGCAGCACCUCCUCCUCAGAGAGUGGCCCUGCUGAGAAAAACUGAACUGAAAAGACACAGAGUGAACCAUCUCAUCUACUGUCCCAUCUUUGUUGUAUCAGUGUGGUUUUACUGUGAGACGGACGGAGGGAACACGAAGCUCAUUUUCUUUUUAUAACAAACGUCUCAUGUGAUGUUUAAGUGUCUCACAGUGAAUUCUGAUUUAUUCUGGUCUGAGUGACGAGCUGGAUGAUGUCAGGAUAAUUUGUGGAAAUCCUUCACAGGAAAAAUUAUUCUAUCAAGAAAUUCUUCUUUCAUUUGUCGUUUUCUUUCUCAAAAUUGGGAGUCAUUGUGAGGAACCUUCUCAUUAUCAUGAGAUACUAAAUUAUGUUCAUGUUCAGAUACACAGAGUGAACCAUCUCAGCUAUUCACCCAUCUUUGUUGAAGGAGGGAACAUGAAGCGGAUUUUCUUUACUGGCACUUUGACUUUGAGCAGCUGACUGUUUAUAAUAAACGUAUUGUUUCAUGUUUGAUUUAUUUUGGUCACAUGUUUUAGUUUCCUGUCUGAGUCCAUCAGUGGGGACAGGUUAAAGAACUGAAACAGUUUUAGCUGGAUGUUCCUAAUAAACUGAGUAAGAUCA